AUGGUUGACCAAAAGCCUCUCAAAACCGAAUUGGCUUACUACAAGUCAGUUUCCGGCAGCUCCGUAGAUGGUGAGCCUGAAACUAACCUCAUGUCACAGAACCCUAUCGCCACCCAUAGCGCCUCUCCAACGGUUCACACAGUUCGGAACCGGCGGGUUCUUGAUCCUUCAUCUGCCUCGUCUUCUGCUUCAGAUGCUGGCUACGAAGCAAAUUCUUACCCACAUACCCACAAACCAGCCUACAGCUCAACUCUUUCUGGCUCUAGCACCUCCAAGCGCCCUUUAUCUGGCUUUCAUGAUUCUACCUCAACAGAUCGGACCCGGCUAGGUCCACCAAAAGCUACUGGUCACUUGCAGAGGCCGGUCAGUGUGCAUCAUGCCGCCCUAACGGACAAACCAAGCGGUAAUGGAUAUCGGCGACCUCGACAUCAGAUCAGCCAGGAGCAUCGAAAUGACAGAGAACCAGUUGGCGCCCAAAGUUGCCAUAACGAGAACGAUGAUUCCCGUAUCCAUCCGAGCCAGUCUCAUUCGUCUGCUACAGCUUAUAGGGCCGAACACAAGACGGGAACCGGCCGUUUGUUGGCUAUGUGGGUGGCUCGCGAACUUGCUGGCACCGAGGACAUGGUUAAGGCCCGUAGGCAUGAACUUGGCGCCCUUCGCCAGGAAGCUCGAGAACAUGGACAUAACAGGCCAACAGCGUGA